GGAGUGACAGAUGUCCUCUGUGAAGCUUGUGACCAGUUAGGAUGGAAGGUGCCAACGAAGAUCCAAGUUGAGGCUAUUCCAGUGGCUCUCCAAGGCAGAGAUGUCAUUGGACUGGCAGAAACUGGCUCUGGAAAAACAGGAGCCUUUGCUUUGCCAAUUCUUCAAGCACUGCUGGAAACACCUCAGCGAUUAUUUGCUCUUGUCCUCACACCAACAAGGGAGCUGGCUUUCCAAAUCUCGGAGCAGUUUGAAGCUCUUGGAUCCUCCAUCGGUGUCCACAGUACGGUUAUUGUGGGUGGAAUUGACUCCAUGUCUCAAUCUCUGGCCUUGGCAAAGAAACCACAUGUUAUAAUUGCAACCCCUGGCCGUCUGGUUGAUCAUCUGGAGAACACAAAGGGCUUCAACUUACGAGCCCUGAAGUUCCUAGUGAUGGAUGAGGCUGACCGGAUCCUUAACAUGGAUUUUGAGACAGAGGUGGAUAAGAUACUAAAAGUGAUUCCUCGAGACAGGAAGACAUUCCUGUUUUCUGCUACCAUGACCAAGAAGGUUCAAAAGCUCCAGCGUGCUGCUCUGAAGAACCCUGUUAAAUGUGCUGUUUCUUCCAAAUAUCAGACGGUUGAAAAGCUACAGCAGUACUACAUUUUCAUCCCCUCCAAAUUCAAGGACAGCUACCUGGUUUAUAUCUUGAAUGAACUAGCUGGAAACUCUUUCAUGAUAUUCUGUAGUACAUGCAGCAAUACUCAGAGGACUGCUCUGCUGCUCCGCAACCUGGGGUUCACUGCCAUUCCUCUCCAUGGACAGAUGAGUCAGAAUAAACGCUUAGGCUCUCUAAACAAGUUCAAGGCAAAAGCACGUUCUAUUCUGCUGGCUACUGAUGUUGCAAGCAGAGGUCUGGACAUCCCACAUGUAGAUGUGGUGAUAAACUUUGAUAUUCCUACGCACUCUAAGGAUUACAUUCAUCGUGUUGGGAGAACAGCUCGAGCUGGGAGAUCUGGCAAAUCUAUCACCUUUGUCACACAGUAA